AUGGGGAGCACCCGCAAGGUGUCCAACUUGUGGAACAGGAGACAGAGUCUCUUCCCCAACUACAAAGUCUCCGAUUCGGACUUUAAUCGAAGACCCUCGGACAUUGCUUACCCGCUAGCCAAGGAAAGCUGCGUGAAGACAUGGAACUCCAUGCAAGACCUGAGCAAGGACAUCUACGACAUUUACGCAGAGUACGAGGAUGAAGAGAAUGACAAUGCUGGAUACAACUUCUCCAAGCAGUUUUCACCUGCCAAAAAGAACUACGUGAUCAACAUCAACGUAGGCGGGAAGCCCUACCAGAUAGCUUACAAGAUGGCUGCCAAGUAUCCCAAGACCAGAAUAGGGCGUCUGGCCACCUACACGGACCACAACAUGAAGCUGGACCUGUGCGACGACUACACUGUGACCAACAAUGAGUACUUCUUCGACAGGGAUCCGGAUGUCUUCCACAGCAUCUUCAACUUCUACAGGACUGGCGUGUUGUGGAUCAGGGACGAGUUGUGUCCACGCAACUUCCUGGAGGAGAUCAACUACUGGGGCGUGAGGAUCAAGAACACCCACCGCUGUUGCCGUAUCUCUUUCGAGGAGAGGCAGGACGAGCUGAACGACCAGCUGAAGAUCCAGAGGGAGCUGGAGGCCGAGGUGGAGAUCGAGGAGAAUGAGGAGCUCUUUCAUGACAUGUUCAUGGGCCGGGAGCGCCGAGUUAUCUGGAACUUGAUGGAGAAGCCAUUUUCGUCCGUCAAGGCCAAGCUUAUGGCAUUGGCCUCCAGCCUGUUUGUCCUAAUCUCCCUGGUGGCUAUGACUCUCAACACUGUGGAUGAGAUGCAAUACAGAACUCCCACAGGUCAGCUCAGUGGAAAGACAUACUGGGAAUACGUGGAGUCCAUGUGCAUCGCCUUCUUCACCAUGGAGUACCUGCUCCGUCUGGUGUCCACCCCUGACCUCAAAUCCUUCAGCAGGAGCGUGCUCAACACCGUGGACCUAAUCGCCAUCCUGCCUCAGUAUCUGCAGGCCUUCCUGGAGUUCUUCGACAAUGAAGAAAACUACAUGAAGCACGAGGCCGACAUACAGGCGGUGGGACAGGUGGGGAAGCUGGGCCAAGUGCUGAGAAUCAUGAGACUGAUGCGAAUCUUUCGUAUCUUGAAGCUGGCGCGACACUCCACGGGUCUGCGGGCGUUUGGAUUCACUCUGCGUCAGUGCUACCAGCAAGUGGGCUGCCUCUUCCUCUUCAUUGCAAUGGGCAUCUUCAGCUUCUCUGCUAUGGUUUACACCGUGGAGCAUGACAUGCCACAAACAAACUUCACCAGCAUUCCUCAUGCGUGGUGGUGGGCAGCUGUCAGCAUCUCCACAGUGGGCUACGGAGACAUCUACCCCGAGACCAUGCUGGGUCGUGUGUUCGCUUUCGUCUGCAUCGCUUUUGGCAUCAUCCUCAACGGUUUGCCCAUAUCCAUCCUCUUCAACAAGUUCUCAGACUAUUACUCUAAACUCAAGUCCAAUCAGUACACGGCCUCCACGAAGAAACGAGGGAAGGUGAGAUUUGCCAAAAGGUCUUUAAAAAAGUUCAACCUCUGCUUUGGAAGCCCACAAAGUGAAGUUGAUUGAUUUCAUCCGGGAAUGUGAUGGAACGAGUCGUGGCACGUCCGGCGUCCAUUUCAGUAAAUUGGCAGCUUUGUUGUUGGGAAGCCGGUGAGGGAUCACACAAAAGGCUUGCCACACCAUGUGGGUGAACAUUAAAGGGUAACUAAUGGGGACAAAUUUUGAAAUAUUGAGUGAGAGCGCUGAAGCCAACAGAAGCAAAACUGGCUGCAACGUCGAAGUACGUCCGCUAACAGGCUCAGAUUGUUGUUCUAAAAGUCUGACAUCAUUGUGGAUCCUACAGGGACAGACCAGUUAUAUCGAAGAUGCACCAGAACCUUGCUUUGUCUUUCCACUGAUCCAACAAUGAUUAGAAUAUAACCUGAAUUCACAGAGUUAGAGGAGAAGAACAAACAAGAGGAAGAUCACUUAGAGUCAAUUAGACAAACACAGGAAAACUAAAGUUACCCUUCAAGUUUAAGUAUUUGCUUUUGUACACAGGAAACAUAUUUUUGUAACUUAAUAGUCAGAAAAUGCUGAUUUUUAAAAAGAAGAAAUACAUAAAAAUAAAAGAAAUACCAACCUGUAGUUUAGAUAUACAACAUAUCACAUCAGCAUCUCCUGCCCUGCUGCAUCCUCCUCGACGGUCUGUCAUUACAAACAAUACUUUUAUUUCAGAAAGACUUUGGAGGGAAUGUGAAUAAAAUGAUGCACAACACAUCUAGAAUAUUUCUAUUUUGUCCAUUUGUUGCAUGUUAGGUUUAAUAUUUCUCUCGAUACGAUCACAUUCAGUGAUGCUGAAACACGUUUAUAAGGAAGAUUCUUACAUCUGUUACCGUCAUCCAAAGUGGGAUUGAUAUCGUCAGCGUCCUUCUGAAGAGAUCAAACCUUUAUCGUCAUGACAGCAGCUCUCAACAUGUGUUAGUUUAUGCCUCAGGUGUUAGGUCUGCAUCGGCUUACAGCGUUUACUAAACCUUCACAGGCUUUUCACGUGUUUGCAGUGUUCAGUAGUUUGCAGGAUGCAAUCUGUUUUCAAUAAACA